GAAUAAGAUGAUGAUGACCUACAACUCUAAACCUUAGUAGUUGAGGAGUAAAAAGUCGGUGGUGCCCCCACAAUUAGAGUAGCCUUUGCCUUUGCGCCUACGGAUUCAUCAUCUAAUCUUCCCCUAUAAAUUCCUCUCUUCUCCUAUUUUCUCAAUCAAAACCCUAAAUCUAAUCAUCUAACUUUCUUUCCCAUCACUAUCACCACUACCUUCCAUGGCUGAGCAACAGCAGGAACAACAGCAAUCAAGAUCCACCGGCAAGGUCCUUUGGUUCGAUGACCAAAAGGGUUUCGGCUUUAUUCAUCCCGACGAUGGUGGCGAAGAUCUCUUCGUUCAUCAAUCUUCCAUCAAAUCCGAAGGCUAUCGUAGCCUCGCUGAGGGUGAAUCUGUCGAGUUCACUGUUUCCCAAGGCAACGGAGGCAAGACCCAGGCUGUUGAUGUCACCGCAAUCGGUGGCUCUCAAAUCAGUAAGAAGGACCGUCGCACUGGCGGCGGCGGUUGGAGGGCUGGAAACGAUCGGAGGAACGGAAGCGGCGGUUGCUAUAACUGCGGGGAUCUGAAUCAUCUCGCCAGGGAUUGCAGUAACAACGUUAGCUCUUUCGAAAACAAUGAUAACUAUAACAACUCCGCUUACAACAGUGGUGGUGGCGGUUCUUGUUAUAAUUGCGGUGAGGCGGGGCAUUUUGCAAGAGAGUGUAGGAGAGAUGCCGGCGGAUCUGCUGGUGGUGGGGCUGGGAAGUGCUACAACUGUGGGAAAUUUGGGCAUUUUGCCAGAGAGUGCAAUAGAAACAGUGGCGGUGGCGGUGGAGGCAGAGGCUGCUUUAAUUGUGGAGGGUUUGGGCAUUUGGCGAGGGAUUGUAGCAAUAACAAAGGAUCAGAAUGUUAUAAAUGUGGCGAGGCAGGGCAUUUUGCGAGGGAGUGCCCUAACUUGAAGGCUUCAGCUUAAAUUGGAAUGUUGGAAAAAAAAAGAGUAAUAGUAAAUAUUUCUCUUUUUCUAUGUUUUGGGUUCCUAUGAUUCUUAGAGGUUAUACGUAAGUAUGUUUUGGGUUAUCCAGCUCUUUUAUUUUUCUUCUACAGGGAGAAUAUUUCCAGUUUUGAUACAUAGAUGAGCUGGUUCGGAUAAGAAUUUAGGUUUUUUGUCCUUGUUUUGGUUAUUUUCAAUUGUUGGAAGUGACAUGGAUUAUUUCUCAAUCGAGCAGCAUCUAUUCUCAAGUGUGAA